AUGUCAAAAUUACCAGAGUAUGUAAAAGAAUUUGCAGAAGAGUUAUAUAAUCAAUAUGAGAGCCUAUUAGACUAUGAGAGACUUUUGGACGAGACUAUAAUUCAACAGAAAUAUAGCUUAAGUGAUGUGUGGUUAACAUUAAUGGAUGAUAAAAGUAUUAGAUGUUAUAGAAAAAAAUUAAGAGUUCAUGUAUUUAAUACUUUUACAAAUCAGAAAGCACAAGAUAUAGAACUAGAAUCAUUUAAUAUGAAUAAUGAUUGGACAAGUAAAAAUCCACCAUCAUGGACAUUAAAAAUUCAGGGUACUAUUUUACAAAAUGAAAGUAUAUUUCCACGAUUUACCUCAUUAUUUUCACGUAUUGUAGUAAAUUUAUCUGAAAAUGAAACAAUAAUAUGGGAUAAAAAGACUAGUCCAUUACCUGAAUGUGAUGGAUUAGAAAUUCAUAGAAUAGGAGGAGAAGAAAAAAAUAUAGACAUAUAUUUUUUUAUUGAUUAUAGAAUUCCACAUUAUAGCUUAUCUAAUAUAUUAGAAGAUUUUAUGGGUACAAGUAUUUCUAGUUUACCAAAUAUUAUUAAGAGAUUAUGGCAAUAUAUAGAAAUAAAUGGGUUACAUAGUAUUCAACAACAUCCAACUAGUAUAAAACUAGAUUCUUUAUUAAAAAAUAUAUUUUGUGAGGAUAUAGAUAUUAUUCAAUUAUCAGAUAUCCCUGAUUUACUUAAAAAACAUUUAUUUCCUCCAAAACCUGUCCAUGUUUCUCAUCAUUUAACAUUAAAAGGAGAUUGGAUUGAUAAUGAAUCUACUUAUGAUUUUACUGUUGAUCUAACCGAACAUGUACCAGGAGAUAUAAAUCUUUGGUUACCUAAUAUUUCAACAAGAAUACAAGGAAAUAGUGAUUUUAUAGGUAUACAUAAAUCAUUAGAAGAAUUAUAUCACAAAAAUCAAACUAUAGUAUCAAAAAUAUAUCAUUCUUGUAAUAAACGAAAUUUUUAUCUUGGGUUUGCUAAUAAACCUAUAGAUUUUAUUCAUUCAUUAUUAACUACAAAACAUUUUCAACUUUAUGGUAGUAAUGCAGUUAAUAAUAUUUUAUCUGAUCCUAAUGCUCUUUAUGAGUAUCAAAUAGCAGAUAAAUAUGCAGAAUAUUAUAGGCAACCAUGGGUACCAAAAGCAGUACAAAAAUAUUUAUUUGCUAAAAAUAGAAAUUUUGAUGAUAGGGUUAAUAAAACUAUUGCUUCUGUUUCUGCAUAUGAGAAACAUAAAAGAAGACAAACUAUUCCUCAUGAUCAACAUCCUUCAAAUAGAAUACACUAA